UUUGUCUUAUUUUCUAUUCGAGAUGACACUCUGUGUGUGUGUUCUCGCCUUUUCUGGCUAAUAUGAUCAUCAUAUGUAUGCGUGUGUAUGUGUGUGUGUUUUCCCUAUAUGAUGUCAAUUGACGACUGUGAUCGUGAUGAUUGUUGAGAUGGAGAGCUUGAUCAUGCGUGUGUAUGAGGUCAUGUUCCUCUUGUACCCCUGACAUUCGUAACAAAAUGGGGAAUUACACUGUUUCACUGCUGCUUUUGUGAUAGCAUAGAUAAUAUACUGCUGUAAAUGGGGGGAGCUUGUUCAAGGAAGCGUGAUCAACAGGCUAACGACGAUAACAUCAACAGAGGAGUAUCUGGGAGAUAUACUAAAAGUGGGAGCUCAAAAUGGCUUGGGGGUUCAUUUUCUAGAGCUUCUAUGGAUGCUAGCCAGGGGAAACAAAGAUGCCCCACGCUUAUGGAUUUGUGCAUAUACAAAAUUAGGGAGGACAUAAAUAAAUAUGGCACUUUCUCCAUGCUGCCAAGGGAUAUAACUCAGCAGAUUUUUGAUGAUUUGGUCUGUUCUCAAUGCCUGACUGAUACUUUACUUGAAGCUUUUCGGGACUGUGCUCUUCAGGAUCUUAGUUUGGGGGAGUACCCAGGAGUUGGUGACAGUUGGUUGGAUGUUGUAUCUUCUCAGGGUUCGUCAUUGCUCUCUUUGGAUAUUUCAGCUUCAGACGUUACUGACUCUGGGUUAACUUAUCUCAAAGAUUGCAAGAAUCUUCAGGCCUUGAAUCUCAACUACUGUGAUCAGAUAUCGGACAAGGGUCUUGAACAGGUUAAUGGUCUCUCAAACCUGACUACACUCAGUUUUAAAAGAAACAGCUCGAUUACCGCCAAAGGAAUAAGUUCUUUGUCUGGCUUAAUCAAGAUGGUGAAGUUGGAUAUGGAGAGAUGUCCCAGGAUCCAUGGAGGACUUGCUCACUUAAAAGGACUUGAAAAACUUGAAAUGCUGAAUGUCAACUGCUGCAAUUGCAUCACCGAUGCUGAUAUAAAGGCUAUCUCAGGCCUGACAAGCUUGAAGUCAUUACAAAUUGCAUCCAGUAAGGUUACUGAUAAUGGUGUAGUCUUUCUACGAGACUUGAAGAAUCUCUCUCUCUUGAAUAUGGAAGCUUGCCCUGUCACUGCUGCUUGCUUGGAGUCACUUUCAGUUCUUGGUGCAUUGCAAUAUUUGAAUCUUAGCAGAUGUGAUUUGAAGGACAAUGGAUGUGAAAACUUUUCAAAGAUGCAGUCUCUGAAAGUGUUGAAUUUAGGGUUCAAUGAUAUCUCAGGUGCAAUUUUGGUGCACCUUAAAGGUCUCAUAAAUUUGGAGAGCUUAAACCUUGAUUCUUGCAGGAUUAAAGAUGAAGGGAUUCUUUACCUUUCAGGUUUAACGCGUCUAAAGUUUUUGGAGUUGUCGGAUACUGAAGUUGGGAGCAGCGCGUUACGCCAUCUUUCUGGACUGGUUAAUCUGGAGAAUUUAAAUCUAUCAUUUACUGUUGUCACUGAUGGUGGCUUGAGAAAGUUAUCUGGCUUAUCAUCUCUCAAGUCCCUCAAUCUGGAUGCACGUCAAAUUACGGAUGCUGGCCUUGCUGCUCUUACAAGUCUGACUGGAUUGAUGCAUCUGGAUCUUUUUGGAGCACGGAUUACUGAUUCUGGAACCAAUUAUCUCCGAGCAUUCAAGAAGCUACGCUCUCUGGAAAUCUGUGGUGGUGGAUUAACGGAUGCUGGAGUAAAGAACAUUAAAGAUCUUACAUCCUUGACACUGCUGAAUCUAUCUCAGAACAGCCUCUUGACGGACAAGAGUUUGGAAUCAAUCUCUGGGCUUACUCAACUUGUUUCCUUGAACAUGUCGAACUCUCGGGUGACGAGUGCUGGUUUGCGUCAUCUGAAGUCACUCAAACACUUGAAGUCGCUUACGCUGGAGUCGUGCAAGGUGACCGCGAACGACAUCAAGAUGCUUCAGUCAACGGAUCUCCCCCAGCUAGUGAAUUUCAGGCCAGAAUAAAGCGAGCCUGCACGGAUCCAUCGUACAUAAUUCGGGCGGGGUCAGUCAUCAGGAUUUUGGCUGAAAUAAAGCCGCGCAUCAUGAAAAUGAAUUGUACAUAAUUUUGAAGUUUGUUAGUUCUUGAAAUGUCAGCGGCAAUGUGGCAUGUGUUCUGCAGCCCAUCUCCAUAGAUGGAAAUGUAUAUAUAUAUAUAAGUAACAACUUUCGUUGGUAUUUCUGUUGAGAUAUUUGUUUUUA